AUGGGAAGCAUUAUCGGAGACCAAACCUCUGCAUUUCCAGGGCACAUCGCCGUCGAACAUGUCGACAAACAAUCCAGCCCUGGAUCUGGCCUCGUGCUCUGCGUGGACGCUGGAGGAUCCAGCUGCAAAGCUGCGGUAAUGACAGUUGAUGGGAUUAUAUCCUCAAGUGUCGGCGAACCAUGUAACAUUACAACUAUCGGGAUUGAACGUGCCCUUGCCGUCAUAUCGGCGGUCACAGAUGAAGCUCUUCAAAAGCACCCCGAAACCAAUGGAGAGUCACUCUCGACCGUCACAUUCAGUCAAGUCUGGAUUGGUGCCUCGGGAUACGACCGACCUUCCCUGAAACCCUUGGUGGACGCCGAGCUCGCCAAGAUGUUCAGGCUGACGAUACAGAACGGCUUGAGAAUUACUUCGGACAUUGACCUACUUCCUGCGGUUUUGUCGUCCGAGUUAGACAUCUCCUCGGCCAUAGUCCUCGUGGUGGGAACAGGCUCUGUUGCGAUGAGCUACGAGAGAAGCGGCUGUGAAUUUCAUCGCACGGGCCGCGCAGGUGGCUGGGGAAGUCUUCUGGGCGACGACGGAUCUGGCUAUUCAUUGGGCCGAGAAGGCAUUCGCAAGACAUUACGGCACUGCGAUCUACAUACUCUGAGAUCCAGGAGCGGUGCCAAUCCGACCGCAUUCCCACCGUUGGCGCAAGCCGUUCUGAAACAUUUUCAGUCCGUUUACCCCGGUUGUGAACCUGCAACGCUUCUGACAAACCUGCUGGUUCCUGCCCCAGGCUUGCACAUAAAAGAAGACGGCAGUACCUCAAAAACCAAGGCGUUUGCCAGCGCCGCAUCUGUGGUAUUGGCAAUGGCCGGUGAAGACAACGAGGCAAAAAGCAUUCUCGACUCUAGUGCUUCCAGUGUAGCUGAGCUGGUCAGUAUACUGGUCCAGGAACAAAAGAUGGAUAUCAACCACUGUGCUCUGGUUCUAGGCGGCGGAAUUAUGAGAAACCCGUUGUACAAAGAGAUGGUCAUGCACGCUGUAGAGGAUCAGUGCGGCAACUUUCGGCAAGUCAAAGUUGUCAGUGAGCCAGCAGUUGUUGGAGCGAGAGAACUUGUCAGAACGUUAGAGAACAGUCCAGUACCUCAAUAG